AUGGGCCAACAGACUUCACCAUCAACACUAGGGGUCGGUCAGGGCAUCUUUACCAAAUCGUCAUUCAGCUAUCGGCACCUGUUUCCUCGGAAAGACGAACUCACUGCCGAUUCUCAUGCCAAGUCGCAGCAAAAUGUCGAACUUGCAACUGACUACCCUACGCUUCGUUUGGACACAACACAAUCAGACAGAGAUCCCAUUCGAUCAGGCUUACAGGCACUUCUGGCCACUACAAUGUGUACAGCAUUGAAAUCUCUCUCCCACAUUAGCAGUCUCCGGAUGUAUCAGUCACUGGUAAUAUAUCGAUCAUGA